AUGGCGGCCCCGCCGUGGGAUCCCCCGCGGAUCCUUUUUGGGGACUGCCUGGUGCUGGAGCGCGCAGGUGAGCAGCCUCAGCCCGUCUGCACCUUCCAGGACGACUUCCAGGAGUUUCGAGAUGCAUCGACGACAAUGAAUGAGGACGAGGAUGAGGAGGGGGAAGAUGAGGAGGGGGGGGGGCCGGGGGCGAGCAGCCGAAGCCCCCCGUCCCCAUCCCCAUCCCCCAACAUGGACGACACCGCGAAGAUCCGGCCCAACACCCUCAACCUGACGGCAACGGGGACACAGGAUUCCCUCAACAACAACGGCGGGUUCCCGCACCGCCCCACGUGGCAGGACGCCGUGCUCAACUCCUCCUCAUCCUCCUCUUUCAUCACCAACGGCCGCUCGUCGCCCCACGGCUGCCUCCAGGACGCACCAUGCUCAGAUCGGGGGAUGGGGCCGAGCCCCGGGGGGGCCACGCAGGCGCCCGCCCCACUGCCACCGCCCCACUUCGACUCUCAUGGCAACGGCCGCACGUCGGCGGCGCCCGCUGAGCCCCCGGCCCAGCGCUCCGGGGAGGACGUGAACAGGAACGUCGUGUGCCCCGCACCGCAGCCCAGCUCCCCUCCGUCCCUGGUGGGGAUCGUGGCCCCCGCCUGCAUUGCCCCGCAGCGCCGCAGCCCCGGGGUGGGCGGCCCGGCUUCUCCUCGUGCCCAACACAACGGCCCUGAACCCCACGAGCAGCCCUCGGCCGGGGGUCCUGCCGGGCGUGGAGAGGGAUUGGGGACCCGCACGGAGCCACUGAGUUCAGAUGGGGAGGGUCCCCUCGGCAGCGCCCACGGCCGCCCCACCGGCUCCUCCGAGACCACGUCGCCGUCCUCCGACCCCGGCAUCGAGGCCGACAUGACCCGCCACACCACCAAGGGGUUCCCUCCUGGAGCCCGGCACCAAGGCCUGAGCUCACCCGGCUCUGACUCAGACGUGGAGGGGGAGAUGGAGGCCUUCGGCGGGCGCCUGCUCAGCAACAUGAUCUCCUCCAUCUCGGAGACAGAGCUGGACCUGAGCAGCGCCAGCAGCAGCGGCCGCUCCUCACACCUCACCAACUCCAUCGAAGAGGCGAGUUCACCCGGCUCCGAGGGGGAGCUGGAGCCGGAGCUGGAGGCACCCGGCGUCAUGGGCAUCAAGGGCGCCCUGCUGCGGGACGCGGGCAGGGAGGAGCAGGAGGCGCCGGAGCGGCGGGGCAGCCCGGCCGAGCUGAAGACAGAAGGUUACUACGACAGCCUGAACCCCACCGACCCCUCAGUGCCCCCCGAGCAGACCGACGUGCCCUCCCCCAGCGCCCUGCACCUGGAGCUCGACCCCGACCACGGCCUGGAGAGCGUGCGACGCUCCUUCUACCUGCCCGUGGGGCCCCCGCUGCUGCCCGCGGCCGAUGACGAUGACAACAGUGAGUACGACUCUGACUCGGAGUCGGAGCCCGACCUGAGCGAGGACUCGGACUCUCCGUGGCUGCUCAGCAACCUGGUGAACAAGAUGAUCUCGGAGGGCUCCUACCCCAUCAAGUGCCCCGACGAAUGCUUCCAGCAGCAGCACUCGCUCUGUGACACCAUAUCCCCGGCGUCCGACCUGGAGCCCGAGCUGAGCGAGGCGUUGGAUGCUGAGCCCCCCGGCCCCGAGGGGCUGCCCCACACCCCGCGCCCCAUCGAGUUGGUGGACAUGGAGACGCUGCGCAGCUCCCUGCAGCGCGCCGAGGACCAGCGGGCGCUGGGGGCUGGAACGGAGCCGCCGCUGGAGCCAAACGCCGACGAGUCGGGGCCGUUCCUCUUCAUGAGCAACCCCACCCACGACACCAUCGCUCCCGUCUUCCCGGGGCGCCCCGUCUCCAUCGAGCGGUUGGGGGGCAACGGGGACACCACCACCAACAUGGCCACCGGCUGCCGUGGUCCCAUCAGCACCAAGGACAGCGCACUGAGCACCAAGGACAGCGCCCUCAGCACCAAGGACAGCGCCCUCAACACCAAGGACAGCUCCUUCAGCACCAAGGACAGCGCCCUCAACACCAAGGACAGCUCCUUCAGCACCAAGGACAGCGCCCUCAACACCAAGGACAGCUCCUUCAGCACCAAGGACAGCGCCCUCAACACCAAGGACAGCUCCUUCAGCACCAAGGACAGCGCCCUCAACACCAAGGACAGCUCCUUCAGCACCAAGGACAGCUCCUUCAGCACCAAGGACAGCUCCUUCAGCACCAAGGACAGCGUCUUCAGCACCGUGGGCAGCGCCGCGGAGCGGAGCCCACCUUCGGGGGUCCCGGAGUCCUUGGAUCUGCUGGACGCCGUCCGGUUAGAGCCGGGGGGACGGGACCCCCCCGCCAUGGACGUCUCCACGGCCAAGACCAACCGCUGCUUCAACGCAACCUAUGGCACAGAAGAGGCCGCGGUUUCCCACCUGCGGCCAGCGCUGUUCCCCGAGGAGCCGCCCCCCAACCUGGAGGCGCGGGACGAAUCGUUGGCCUACGACUCGGUCAAGUACACGCUGGUGGUGGAUGAGAACGUGCAGCUGGAGCUGGUGAGUCUGCGGCGCUGCACCUCGGUGCUGAGCGACGACAGCGACCUGCUGCGGGCCUGCGAGCGCUGCCACGGGGACGACGACGACGCGUUUGGGGACGGGCUGGAGGCCCCCGACGUGCACAGCUCCGCUGAGGACUCGAGUCCUGAGGCCGAUCUGCAGUUCUCCAAGAAGUUCCUCAAUGUCUUUGUCAACAGCACCUCCCGAUCCUCCAGCACAGAGUCCUUCGGGUUGUUCUCCUGCAUGAUCAAUGGUGAGGAGCAGGAACAGACCCACCGUGCUGUCUUCAGGUUCAUCCCGCGCCAUGAGGAUGAGCUGGAGCUGGACGUGGACGACCCCAUCCUGGUGGAGCUGGAGGAGGACGAUUACUGGUACCGCGGCUACAACAUGCGGACAGGAGAGACGGGCAUCUUCCCCGCGUUCUACGCCCACGAAGUCAUUGGCCAGAGCAGGGAUGUCAUCGGCCUGAAGAGGAACCCGUGUUGGGUGGAGCGCUUCAACGUGCAGUUCCUGGGCUCGGUGGAGGUUCCGUACCAUCAGGGCAACGGGAUCCUCUGUGCGGCCAUGCAGAAGAUUGCCACCACCAGGAAGCUGACGGUUCACCUGCGCCCGCCGGCCAGCUGCGACCUGGAGAUCACCCUGCAGGGCAUCAAACUCAUCCUGACGGUCAAUGAGUACAGCCGGGAUGAGGAGUUUGAGCGCUGCAGCCACUUCUUCCAGAUGAAGAACAUCUCCUUCUGCGGGUGCCACCCCCGGAACAGCUGCUACUUCGGGUUCAUCACCAAGCACCCGGUGUUGAGCCGCUUCGCCUGCCACGUCUUCGUCUCCCAGGAAUCCAUGAGACACGUCGCCGAGUGCGUCGGGUAAGUGGGGC